AUGGCCUUGCACACACCAGCUCUUUGGGCACCCAAUCUCUUCUAUGUGGCCUCGUCCAUCCUGAUCGGGUCCACCAUCGUCACAUAUCUCCUGAAAUUUAUCAAACUUGACAUCAAACCCUUUCUCUCCACAAAGCCUGGCAAAGCCCUCGAGGCCUCGCUCCAGACAGCCUUCGAACGCUUCCUUAACAUCCUGUCCGUCUCAGACCCCCUCAGCCCUCCAUCAAGCCCAGUCACCAUGUCUUCACGAGGCUACCUGGAAAGCGUCCCUUACCGCCGUGGCUCUCGCCCCGAGGUUGAAGGCAUCAGCAGCCCCAUCCAGAGGACGCAACUACCCCCAUGGGAACAAAAGGACGUGGAAGACCGCCUCCGCAGCCUCAUCAUCGACAUCCCGGCCCGGUAUCCACAGUCCACCUACCUCGGCCGUUCGACCUUUGAACCUGAGUCUCCCACCUCCCUCUAUGCCCGCCACCGCGUCUUCAACGAAACCAAGUACUACGGAGAGAUCCUCACUGCCAACACUGAAGACGGAUUCAUCCACUCAGCACUCCACCCCAGUGACGUCAAGACGGUUAUCGAGAAGGGUUGGGGCCAGAGACAUCCUCUGUCGGGCCGCGUCGGGUCUCGAUUCAUGCGCCUCUUUAACGCCAACCAGCCGAGCCCCGUCGAGGGCUCUCAAGUUCUGCUCUACGCACCCCGAGACCAGGAAGAUUUGGAGGUCAUCAAAGAAAUCAUCAACGCCGCAGUCUGGUGGGUCGGCGGCAUCGACAACAGAGUCGACGACGAGAACUUCUGA